AUGCCUCGAGUGUCUGACAUGAUGGCUGCAAAAUGGCAAGUGGAGAAAUCAGGUGAGGCCCCUGGACUGCGCGGACUGCGCGGACUGCGCUUCUCGGAAGCCACAGUUGUGGAGGUUCCUGCAGACAACGUGGUCCUCAUCGACUGCAGCAAUGCUGCAGAUCCGUGGUUUGAUUGGAGCCUGUUGGAGAAAGCAGAGGCGCAGGAGGCUCAAGCUCGCUCCAAAUCAGCUCCACCUCGACGGCCUGAAAGGACCACAUCGUGCGCUGAGACGAUGUCGAAAGGUUCCAGAUGCCAGGCGAGAUCGGAGCUGUCCAGACGCCACUUGGGAAGGAAACGCCGAAUCUCCAGACGAGAGUCCGGCAGAGGAGGCGCUGCUUCACCAGCUCCCCCGCCGCAGUCGCCGGCGUCGGCGUCGGAGUCGAUGGCUUCGGGCUCCGAGAAGCACCAGGGCGCUGGUGAGACUUUUCGUGCUUGGCUUGAGCAAAAACCGGCCAUGAUGCGUCUUUCGCCCUUUAGGUGCGAAACCGGUGUGGCGUGGGACUUUCCUUUAGCCAAAAGCGAGAAACGUGAACUUCUCUUACAGCACUUUGCAGCCACAGAGAGGAUAGCAGAGGAGCAAGCGAUGCAGGCAGAGCAUGAGGUGGAAUUGGCCUGGCGUGAAGAGCGACGGCAUCGGCACUCCUUGGUUUCGGCCAAAGCUGCCAUCAGUAGGAUGCGGAAGAAAGGCCGACGGAUGAGUUUGGGCGCUUGA